AACAAACAGAAAGAGAGACAGAGAAGAACAAUGAUUUAAGACAGAGAGAUUAAAAUGCAUUUACUACUGAUACUGAUGCUUAUAUUUACAGCAGCUGCAAAGCAACAUGUUUCCGUCGUCACUGUCAGAGUUGGUGAUGAAGUCAUUUUGCCUUGUAAUAAAGUGACUGAAGGUCGGAAUAACUGUGACAGAACCUCUUGGAGCUUCAUCAGUUCAACGUCAGCGACGCUGUUUGAAGCUGGGCAGAUUCAGAUAAAUUCAGCAGAUAAAUCAGACAGACUGAAGGUGACUGUUAACUGUUAUCUGGUUAUAAAGAAGGUCAUCAUUAAGGAUGUUGGUCAGUACACCUGCAGACAGUUGACAUCAGAACCAAACUUUGUUUAUUAUCUGUCUGUUAUUCACAGUGAGUAUUUACAUGUUUCCUGCGGAAGCUGUUCUGUUAGAACAACAUACUGAAACAUUAGAAUGAUGAAGGUAAUGUAACAUUUGAUGUCCAUUUCUCAUCAUCUCCAUCUUCACCAGUGACUGAACAGAAGAUCAAUAAUUCAGUUGUCUUUAACUGCUCUGUGGUGGAUUAUAACCACUUUAGACACACAGUAGAGUGGCUGUAUGAGGGGAAAGGUGAAACAUCCUCACAGGCAGAUCCAUCACCACCCAGCCAUCGUUCUACUGUGGCACUGACAACUUCCCUUCAUCAAAAGUCAGCAUUCUUUAGGUCAAUAAAGUGUAAAGUUACAAACAACUCCACUGAAGAUGUUCAGCUGUUCACCUUCAUCCAGGACUCUCCGGUUCAGAAUACAGAGUCACCGGGGCCCCACUCUGGAGCCAGGCCUGGAGGUGGGGCACGCUGGCGUGUGCCUGGUGGUCGGGCUUUCAUCCAUGGGGCCCGGCCGGGCAAAACCCGAAGAGGAAACGUGGGUCCCUCUUCAGAUGGGCUCACCACCUGUGGGAGGGGCCAAAGGGGUCGGGUGCAUUGUGGUAUGGGUGGCGGCCGAAGGCAGAGACCUUGUCAGUUCGAUGAUUGACUUUGUUGUCAUGUCAUCUGAUCUGCGGCCACAUACUCAGGUGAAGACGGGAGCGGAGCUUUCCACAGACCACUACCUGGUUGUGAGCUGGCUCCAAUGGUGGAGGAGGAUGAAGGUCAGACCUGGCAGACUCAAACGAAUCUUGAGGGUCAGCUGGGAAUGCCUGGCAGAGUCUCCCAUGAGGUGGAGCUUCAACUCCCACCUGCAGAAGAGCUUCAAACACGUUCCGUGGGAGGUGGGGGACACUGAGUCCAAGUUGGCCAUGUUUAACACCUCCAUUGCCCAGGCAGCUUACCGGAGCUGUGGUCGCAAGGUUGUUGGUGCCUGUCGCGGCGGCAAUCCUGGAACCCGCUGGUGGACCCCGGCGGUGAGGAAUGCUGUCAGGCUGAAGAAGGAGUCCUAUCGGGUCUUUUUGGCCUGUGGGACUUUGGAAACAGCUGAUGAGGACCGGCAGUCCAAGCAGCAUGCAGCUCGGAUGGUUGCUGAGGUAAAAACUCGGACGCGGGAGGAGUUCGGAGAGGCCAUGGAAAACGACUUCCGUACGGCUUUGAGGUGAUUCUGGUCCAGCAUCCAGUGUCUCAGGGGGGGAAGAGGUACACCACUGACACUGUUUACAGUGGGGAGGGUGUGCUGCUGACCUCAAAUCAGGACGUUGUGGGUUGGUGUGCAGAGUACUUCAAAGACCUCCUCAAUCCAACUGGCACGUCUUCCACUGAGGAAGCGGAACCUGGGGACCUUGGGGCGUCCUCUCCAAUAUCUGGUACAGAGGUAACCGAGGUGAUUAAAAAGCUCAUCGGUGGUAAAGCCCCGGCGGUGGAUGAGAUUCGCCCGGAGUACCUUAAGGCUCUGGAUGUCAUAGGGUUGUGUUGGUUAACACGACUCUGCAACAUCGCAUGGACAGUGGGGGCAGAUCCACUGGAUUGGCAGACCAGGGUGGUAUAGGGGGACCAUAGAGUGUGUUCCAGCUAUAGGGGAGUCAGACUCUUAAGCCUCCAUGGCAAGGUCUAUUCGGGGGUUCUGGAGAGGAGGGUCUGUAGGAUAGUCGAACCUCGGAUUCAGGAAGAGCAGUGUGGUUUUCCUCCUGGCCAGGGAACACUGUACCAGCUCUACACCCUCAGCAGGGUCCUGGAGGGUUCAUGGGAGUUUGCCCAACCAGUCAACAUGUGCUUUGUGGACUUGGAGAAGGCGUUCGACCGUGUCCCUCGGGGAAUCUUGUGGGGUGUACUCCGGGAGUAUGGGGUACCAGGCCCUUUGAUACGGGCUGUACUACUGGUGUCAGAGCUUGGUCCGCAUUGCCGGCAGUAAGUCGGAUUCGUUUCCGUUUAGGGUUGGACUCGGCCAAGGUUGCCCUUUGUCACCGAUUCUGUUCAUAACUUUUAUGGACAGAAUUUCUAGGCGCAGCCAAGGUGUUGAGGGGAUCCCUUUUGGUGGCCGUAGGAUUGUGUCUGUGCUUUUUGUGAUUGAUGAGGUCCUAUUGGGCUUCAUCAGCUCGUGAUCUACAGCUCUCACUGGAGCAGUUUGCAGCUGAGUGUGAAGCGGCUGGGAUGAGAAUCAGUGCCUCCAAGUCCGGGGCCAUGGUCUUGAGCUGGAAAAGGGUAGAGGUAGAGUGCGUUCUCUGGGGUCGGGGGGGGGUCCUGCCUCAAGUGGAGGAGUUCAAGUAUCUUGGGGUCUUGUUCACGAAUGAGGGAAAAAUGGAGCAGGAGAUUGAUAGCUGGAUUGGUGUUGCGUCAGCAGUGAUGUGGGCACUGUACCAGUCUGUCAUGGCGAAGAGAGAGCUUUGUCAAAAAGCGAAGCUCUCGAUUUACCGGUCGAUCUACGUUCCUACCCUCAUCUAUGGUCAUGAGCUUUGGGUCCUGACCGAAAGAACGAGAUCACGGAUACAGGCGGCCGAAAUGAGUUUCCUCCGCAGGGCGUCUGGGCUCUCCCUUAGAGAUAGGGUGAGAAGCUCGGUCAUCCGGGAGGGACUCAAAGUAGACCUGCUGCUUCUCCACGACGAGAGGAGCCAGUUGAGGUGGCUCGGGCAUCUGGUUAGGAUGCCUCCUGGAUGGCUCCCUGGUGAGGUGUUCUGGGCUUGUCCCGCUGGGAGGUGGCCCAGAGGGACUAUGUUUCUCCGCUGGCCGUGGAACGCCUUGGGAUUCCCCCGGACGAGCUGAGGGAGAAUGGCUGGGGAGAGGAAAGUCUGGGUCUCUCGGCUUAGGCACCUGCCCCCAGCUGCCCCCGCGACCUGGCCCAAGAUAAGCGGAAGACGAUGGAUGGAUGGAUGGAUGGAUGGAUGGAUGGACAUUACAAAAAAAUAAGAAGAUUAUUGUUUCUCUUGCUGUUAUCUUUUUAGAUUAUGAAGCUUGUAUUUUGGCUCAGUACUUCACUGUUGAUGCAUUUUAUCUUAUUUAGGUUCAAUCUGUGUAUUUUCAGGUUUUCCAUAUACAUUGUAUGUACUGAGAUGCAUUAUUGUGCCUGUGGGUUUGGUAGCUCUCCUGAUAUCUGUUUUUACAGUCAACACGAGGACCAAAAGAAAUGCACAGGUACGUGGAGGAUUGUGAAGUAACAGUCAUGUAUGAAAACAGAAGAUACUUCUACUGUCAGACUCCAGUGAUCAACAGCUUCAGCAUCAACUCAUCAAAGAUAACCAGUUGCACUGAAGGACAUCUGAUGUUUUUUAGGAAAUUUGCAUUCUAAAUAAAGAAAAUUAUUUUCAUUGAAUAA